AACCGUGGGAAGUAGGUCACGGCAUUGUGGGUAAAACAGGUGACCGUCGGGUAUCCAGGUGAAAAUGUAACGGUGCCAGGGGGAUAGGGACGCUGUAACAUUUAGCAAGGCAUUGUCGCCGUCUUACAGAGUAGACUGUUCCCAGGUGGGAUUUCGCCCCAUGUUAGCUUUGAGGACCCCUACAACCAUUAGUUCCCACACUCUUCAUGUGACCAGCUAGUGCAGCUGUCACAACGGAUCGGUCCUAAAGGUGAUGAAGAGGAAAGUGAAGUCAAGACGUCUCUCCAACCUUCAGACAACAUAAACACCCUCUUGCCUCCAUUGCCAUGGCAACCAGGAAGAACAAGGCGUGUGAAACAGUCAUGAGAAGUGAGAUAAGAACUUGCAGGAGUCCGCAGCCUCACCUGCACAGGUGCCAUGCACACCUGGUGCUGCGGAAUGUGACAGUUGGUCCGUGUGCGUUGUUACUGGCUGUGGGAGUGCUGGUGCUGGCCGCUGUGCUGCCGGUGUUUGCUGCAGGGGUGGGAGAGGGGUCUGCGGGCGGGGCGGGCUGGGCGGAGUCGGGACAGCAGGUGGGGUGGGGCAUCCCGGACAUGCGGGCCACAGCUGGGAGGGUCUUCAUGUACCAGGUUCCGCAGGACGUCUUCACAACAUCUGUGGACAACUACAAGGUUACUGAGGUAGACUCUGACAAGCUUCCUCAUUGGCUGGAAUUCGACCAAUCAACCAGAACAAUCUUUGGAGUCCCCAUGGUAACGGAUGAGGGGCUGUAUUACAUCACUGUGGCUGCCGUGGCGACAGAGUCAACACAAUCUACGUCUGACAUUUUCCAGCUGGAAGUCGUACUUACAGAUUUUACAGCACAGCCUGAGAGUCUUCAGUUUGAUCCCAUACAGGGGGAUUUUCUACAAGUUAGAGAAAAGAAAACUAAUGUCGAAAUGACAGAAGAAGACUCACAGCAAAGUAAAACUGUAUGUUAUAAUGGAGAGACGAGGGCUGUGGUUAGACUGUCAGUGAACGUUGAGGAUCUCUCUGCCAGACAGAGAGUGGACUUGGUCGCGAAGUUUGCAGACUUUGUUAGGAGAGACCCACAGAGCUUGAAGCUCACUCAGAGACGUAGUUCCAAUGUAGGCAAACUGCUAGAGGAGUCUGUGCUGGUGGCAGGACCAGGUAAUGCCAACAUCAGCACAGUCCUGUCGCUGCACACGUCCACAGAACUGUCAUGGCGACUCAGCUGUGGGCUGUUCCGCGGCGUGGAGGAUUUCUCCAAGGUGAUGGAGCAUAACGCGGUGGAAGGGGUCCUGUCCAGAGUCCUGGGGUACGGGGUCAUCGGCUGGCAGGUGACGUCAUCCGCCUCUCCGGAGCAGAGACGGAGGAGACAGGCGGCAGGGUUUGCCACGCCCAUGCCCACCCCAACCACUACCCUCUUCCCACCGUCCUCCAUUCCUACUGCCACACCAGUCUCACUCUCCAGCCAAAGUGCCUUUUCCACAGCCCCCCUCCCCUCUCUACCCUCCCUAUCCACACAGCCUCUAAGUCCCACAAUGGUCACCAGCCCAACAUUGGAAGCAACAGGAAGUUUGCCCUUUCUACCUGUCAGCUCCUCUACUGGGAUAUCACCCUCCCCUGUGGCGACAGUGAUGCCAGCCUCCUCUACUCCAGUCCUCACAAGUAUGUCUCCUCUGGCUCCCUCCACAGCUUCUCUAGGUGUUCAGCCAACAGUCACCACUCCCGACUUCAGUUUGGAGCCUUCAAGUCCGGCUCUUUCCUUCUCACCAACUGUAGAAAUCUCUGGAACAUCUUCACUCUCAUUGCCAACUGUAGGGUUCGAAACAACUGCAAUAAUACCAACCAGUGUCGGGGAAGAGCCAACAACUGCAGUCCAGCCAUCAUUGUCUACCCUACCAAGCACAGGCAUAAGUUCCUCCAUGGAACUCUCAACCACACCCAGCAUCACAGCAGUUUUCACCACAUCCUCACAGCUCAGUCUCACACCGAGCCCCACACCAGGUAGCACAAGUGCUCUUGCCACAAUCACAGAAGUGCAAUCCAGUACACCGGUCUCCUCGAUAUUCCCAACACUUUCUUCGACCAGUGCAGUCGCUACCUCUCGUAAGUCUGAUGCGGCCAGUGUGGUCACCACAAGUAGCGCACUAAGCAGUGGUUUUCCAAGCACCACAGCACUUGCAACAGCCAGUAGACUUGCCACUUCUACUAUGUUUGAGACAAUUAGUGAACUUGCCACAUUGAGUAGACUUAGCACAAGUAGUGCAUCUAUGGUGACUCCAGAACUUGCCACCAGUGUGCUUGCAACUAGCAUGUCUGCCACCAUUAGUACAACCUUCAGUACACUCAGUGGUACUCUUAGUGCACCAACUUUCACUACAGGACUUGCCACAAGUAGUGCAUUUGCUGCAAGUAGAUUUAGCACGGGUAGUGCGUCCACGGUGACUCCAGAACUUGCCACACCCAGUGUGGUGGUAACAAGUACAGCUGUCAUCGGUGAAACUGCGACAGCUAGCGUGUACAUGUCUGCCAGCCCUAUAUUUAGUGGUUUUGCACCAUCAACCACAGCACCGGGAUCACUCACAUCCUCCUCGCUCACCUCAUUCCUACCCUCUUCCCCAUCCCCAUCACCCACUCCUACCUCUUUCCUUGGUGACCAGCUCACUCCCAGCACUCCGUUGGUGUCUCCAUCCAGCACUAGUUCCCUCAGUUCUGUUGUUUUCACAGUUCCCUCUACCAGCACAUUAAGCACCCUGCCCACCCCCGGGCUGCCAGUGGUCAGUUCUACCGCUGCACUAGCGUCUAGCAGCACUCUCAGCACCCUGCCCACCCCCAGCCCAGCAGUGGUGAGUUCCACUGUAGCGGUAGUGUCUAGCAGCAGCACGCCGACAGUUCCACCGAACCAGCCCCCGUUGCUGGUGAACCACCUGGACCACCUGCAGGUGGCUGCAGGACAGGUGUACUACAGCCGCGUGCCUUACGACACCUUCUAUGACAUGGAGGACGCCAUGAACACCCGCGGGCUGACCCUGGAGCUGGUCGCACUGGAUGGCACAACAUGGCUGCUACUGAAUGAUGAUUGGCAAGCUUUGUAUGGGAUUCCUCCAUUGGACUCAGCCAACCAGAUCUACCACUUCAUCUUGGUUGCGUCCGACUCCCAAGGCCUGGCCACACGCGACUCCUUCCAGCUGACUGUCACUCAGCCCCCCACCCCCUCCCACAUCUUCACUGCUAUCAUCGACAUAGACUACACCACCUUCCAGCCUGACCUCCUCAGCUGGAUCAGUCUGUCAGAGAGGAUUUCCACCCACUUCCGUGACAGGACCACCAACUUCAUCCUCAUCGACUCGGUACAGGAGGGCUCGGUGGUGUUUUCGUGGAGCAAUAUCUCCUUGUCUUCCACCACCUGCCAGAACACUACCAUACAGAGACUUGCAGAGGAACUGAUAAACCCAGACGGAACAGUGAACCCUACCUUUGUGGCGUCCUUGUUACCGGAGUAUCCUGUGACUGAGGCCAGGGUGAGGUAUCAGGGCGUGUGUGAUCUUGCAGUGGUCUCACCUGUCCCCACCACUGCCGAGACUCUCGCCCCCGUCCCACUCAGCCAUUCGAACCACCUGCUGGGCACUGUCGUCCCUGCUGCGUGUAUCGCUGCCAUAAUCCUGCUACUGGGAGUCGUCGCCUGCUGUCUCUACAGAAACAAGAAGCCCGGCAAGAAGCUCCCCAAAUACGACAAGCUAACGCUCACCAAAAAUCGCAAGCCCAUCGUGCUGGAAGACGAAGUAGAAAUGAAGGACACCAAGCCCAGCAAGCCAAUCGUUCUCCCCGAUGAGAAGCCGCCAGCCACCCAGCUGCCGACACGGAGGCCCGCCCCGCCUCCCUACAGGAUCCCGGACACACAGCAGCUACUGAGCGGGAUGGAGCCCCAGGCUUCUGCCCUCCCCCCACCCCCCAGGUACACAGCGGCUGUGCCCAGGAAGCCUCCCCCUCCCUACAGGCUCCCCCCACCCUACACACCAAGUGCCUCCCCCCUGCCGGCGCCGCUCAGCUUUGCCGACACCAAAGUGUGAAGAAGGGAUCCCCAUAAGCAAUAUGGUAUGAUAAAUGUGUGAGGAUUGCAGUAUAUAUAAUCAUGGUAGUGUCCAGAUGCUAGGUCAUGAUAUAAUUACCCUUUUAAAAUAUAUCCGAGAACACAGAUCAGAAAACUGUAUCCUACCACAUGUACAAGAAUGGUGUCAUUUUAGUGACAGUCGUUUCUGUAUUGUUCCAAUAAAACUCAUUUGUAGAUACAUGUACAUAAUUUAUGCAAGUUUCUAAGUGGACCAAAGUGGCAGGUGAUGACUGACCCUAAAGACUAGCAGUCUUCAGUACUUUUGUGUAUAUAAUUAUCACAUUGGAGGCUGCAAAAGCCAAUCUAUGCAAGAUUGUAUUCAGUGAAGUGAAACAUAUCUUGACACAUUCCAGAUGACAGUAUUUGCUUGGCCUUUUCAAAGGUGUGGAAGCAUACUUGUGAUGAUGAAAGAAAUAGUUAAGCUACACAGAUUGGUCCAAAUGUAUUUUGAACAACCUUUGUUUUAUUACUUCCCCAGUGAUAAAGAUCAGAAGUGGUACUAACCUGAAUCCAGACAAUCUGAAGUCUUGUAGCUUCUGUAUAAACUUUACUGUCAUUAAAUAGGUAUAACAGGGAGUACCAGGUACCUGUCAAGAAUUCUUUGAUCAUUGUUAUAGAGUAGCCUAGCUCUCUGGUAGAGCAAAGCAUCUUGAUAUUUUUUCAAAUCAAGAUUGAAAAGCAUUAUUUCUUUCUAGGAAAGUUUUGUGUAUAUAUUUUGUUGGUCCCUAGUGGUUAGAUUGUACAUUUCCUUUCUCCUGUAGCACAGGUUGCUCAGUAAUAUUGAAGUAGAUUUUACGAUGAUUAAAGAAUCAAGAGAUUUUUCAAAAUGGGAAAUAAAGAUUUUUGAAUAAGUUA